UGGACAGUGGUACUUUACGAAUGGCGGAGACGCUGAGGCGAGUGUUAAGUCGGUGUAGCGCGGUCGAGACUGGGGAGGCGGACGCGGCUGAGGCGGGACCGCCUUUACUGCUGCUCGGCCCUCCAGGUUCUGGAAAGACAACGCUGCUAUUUGCGGCGGCCCUGGAAGCAGCAGGAGAGGGUCGAGGUCCUAUCCUCUUCCUAACUCGGAGGCCUCUUCAAAACCUGCCCCGCGGUGUCGCAGGGACACUCGACCCUUUGCGGCUCCAGAAGAUUCGCUUCCAGUACCCGCCCUCCACGCGAGAGCUGCUUCGGCUCCUGUGCUCUGCCCAUGAGGCCACUGGGCCCGUGCCCUCUCUUGUGCUGCUGGACAGCCUGGAGGAGUACCUAGCGGAGGACCCGGGCUGCCAGGAGGUCGCCUACCUGGCCGCCUUGCUUCUGGAUACAGCUGCUUACUUCGGCCACCGAGCUGGGCCCAGCCGGCACUGUGGGCUCCUGGUGGCCCUGCAGACCCGGGAGGAAGCGGACAGCGGGGAGACCCUGCAGCGGGCACUGCUCCAGCGCUAUUUCCCGGCACCGUGCUGGCUGCAGGCAGACGCAGCAGGCCCGGGAGAGCACAGCUUCCGAGUUUGCCUGGAGCCAGGUGGUCCGGGCCCCAGGGCAGAGUGGGGGGUGACUUUCCACCCGGAUGGAGAGAUGACCAUCACCCCAUGGCCCCCCCAGACGAGGGAGCCCAGCCUCCACAAGAGUUCAAUCUCUAGGGGGUCAGCUCUGAGCUGCAGGGGGCAGCCUCUCUCUGCCUCGGUUUCCCCUGGCUGGAAUACUUCUCUCUCAGGGACAGAUGCAGCACCAAGACCUAAGGAAUAGAGUGCUCUUCUCCUUAAAAGCUAGCAUUAUCGGGGUGGGGUACAGCUCAGGGGUGUGUGCUUGCUUAUGUGAGGCCCUGGGUUCCAUCCCCAGCACAACAAAAACAAAACUUGAAUCAUUGUAUUCAUAUUAUGCCCAAGCAAUUUUUGUUUUUUUCUUUUUUUACUGUUUUGAACUAUAUAGAAAGUUUUGUUAUAAAUAUAUUCUGGGGCCGGGUAUCUACCUCAGUGUUUCCUCUGCCUGCCUUGUAAGCGCAAGGUCCCGAGUUCAAUCCCUGGUACCACAAAUAAA